AUGGCAACCCAAGCCAAAGAGGUCAUGCAGAACGGGAAAAGCCCCAAGGAAAGCCAUGCCUGGCAGAGGCUCCUGGACUUACCUGUGGUCCAUUCUGCAUGGAUCAACCUCCAGAGGUUCUGCGUCAUCACCAAGGAGGUCCACCCCUUGAUGGCCACCGUGUGGGGAGCCUAUGAGUGGGGCCUUCGGAGAGCCAGCUCCUUGGCCACCUGGAGCGUCAGGCCCGUCGUACAGAAGCUUGAACCUCAGCUCGCAGUGGCCAACCAUCUCGCUUGUCAAGGUUUGGAUCACCUGGAAGAGAGGAUUCCUGCCCUGCACCAGCCUAUAGAGAAAGUGACGGCAGACCUGAAGGAGACCGUCUCCGCCCUCAUCUGUAAUGCCACGCACGCCAUGGCAGAUUUCGUCAACCGCCUCCGGGGAGCGGCUUCUGACAGCUACGAGCAGUCGGAGACCAUCGUGAAGGACACCAUGGAGCACGUGAGAAGAAGCCGAGUGAGCGUGGCCGCUGAAGCUGGAAUAGAUGCCGCCAUGGGCAAGCUGGAAAAUGUCAUCGACUUCUUCCUUCAAAAGGCUGAGGAGCAAUCAGUUCACGAGCCCACAGGGUCCUCAAAAGCGGAAUCUCCCACCACCCUCUUUGGGAAAGCAAGCGCCUUCGCGGGGGCUGUUUGCCGGCAUGUGUACGAACAGACGCGGCAGACCAUCCAAGUGGCCACAGGCAGAGGGUGGGCAAUGGCUACAAGGAUCCCUGGUCUGACCGUAAAGGGUUCUCCUGAGCAGCCGCCGUUCCUGGCCAGCCUGGCUCAGAACCUACAGACGGCCUAUCUCUCCACCCUUUUGCUCGUGAAGAACGCCCCGUCCCUUGCAUGGAACGCCACCGGGCAGCUUCUCCGCGUCUCCUCCUUACGCGAGGCUGCAUCCGAGACGGGAGCAAACCCAGGAAUUUUUCAGAGUGUCGUAGUCAAACUCCUGGGAUCCGUCUCUCGCUGCAUCCGUCUUCCACAAGCCAAGGAGAAAGCAGAGGACCCACCAGGGUUGACCGUGGAUCCUCCAGAGUCGACGGGAGAGCAGGCGCCAGCCGCGCUGGUCCCAGAGGGUGGGGCCCCUGGCCAAAUACGAGAUGCAAGGCGAUUAAGCCGUGGCCACUACCCCCUGCCCUUCAUCAACCUCGAUGAUCCUCUGCCCACUCCACGGGCCACGUCCGGCCCCUCUGCUUUCUCGCCGGACAAGCGGGGGGCUGGCCCCCGGAGAUGGAGCGAGGGGCUGUUCCGGCUCAGCCCCGAAGCGAUCUAUAUGAGGGCCCACUACUCUGGCCUCUAUGGUGCCACCUUCAAGAAAGACUGAGCUGCUCUCGCACCCCCAAAACC